AUGGCAAGGCAGACGUCCGCGUUCGGCUUUGAUAACGACGACAUUGUUAUUGCAACACAUCCGCAUCAGCCGUCUGCAACAACGUUCAGGAGAGGAUUUACAAAUUGGAAAAAUACUACAGUAUCUUUCAAGAAUCAUGAGAAAUCAGCUUGUCAUCGGGCUGCCACCGAAAUUAUAAUUACCCUUCCUAGUACGACCAAGGAUAUUGGUAAUCUGCUCUCUAAGGAGCAUGCUACCUCUAAGAGGAGAAAUAGAGCUGCCUUCUAUCAUAUUUUGUCUUCAAUACGAUAUUUGGCUAGACAAGGAUUAGCAAUACGAGGCCAUGGAGACGACAGUGAUGGAAACUUUAUCCAGUUGCUUAGAAUGAAAGCAAAAGACGAUGACAAUUUGUCUUCAUGGAUGACAAGGAAAGACAAUUCUUAUACGAGCCCUGACAUUCAAAAUGAAAUAGUAGAGUUGAUGUCGUCACAUGUGUUGAGGGUUAUUGCAAAUGAUCUUCGCAAAUCUCCAUUUCUCAGUAUAAUGAUUGACGAAACAAGAGAUUGUGCCAACACAGAACAAGUUACUGUAGUUGUGAGAAUGGUUACCUAUGAGUUUGAUGUUCAUGAGCAAUUCCUGGGAAUGUAUGGUGUACCAUCCGUAGAUGCUCAGACUUUGACAACUGCGAUAAAGAAUGUUUUUGAGAGAUUUAAUUUCAGUUUUAAUAAAUUACGCCGGCAAUGCUACGAUGGAGCCAGUGCGAUGAGUGGAGCAAAAAGUGGGGUAGCCAGGAGAAUACUUGAAAUUGAGCCAAGGGCACUGUUUACACACUGCUAUGGGCAAUCAUUGAACUUAGCUGCCUGCGAUACAAUGAAGCAGAUUAAACUCCUGAAAGAUGCAUUAGAUGUAUCUUUCGAAAUAACAAAGUUGUUGAAGUAUUCACCUCGUCGUGAGGGGAUUUUUCUAAGAUUGAAAGAAAACUUGCCAGGAAGUACAGCCACCGGAAUUAGAGUCCUUUGUCCUACAAGAUGGACAGUUAGAGCUGACUCACUUGCAAGCAUUUUGGAGAACUUUCAAGCCUUGCAAGAAACCUGGCAGGAAUCAAUUAAAGUUGCACAUGACACUGAAACCAAAGCAAGAAUUGGAGUGGAAGCGCAAAUGAACACAUUUGAUUAUCUAUUUGGCACCAUGCUAGGUCACAUGGUUUUGAGACAUACCGACAAUCUCAGCAGAGCAUUGCUGGAUAAAGGUUUGUCUGCUGCAGAAGAACAGCAAGUUGCUAGAAUGAGUCUAGAGACAUUGAAGUCUUUGCGUACAGAUUAG